AUGCUCUGUGAUGAGAUAUUACCAUCUAAUAUGAAACGAUUGAAGGAUGUUUUCAAAACAUCUCCCAUCAAGAGGAAGUUAAAAUCGACUGAUGAUAUUGAAUUCUAUCAAGAAUCAUGGGAUUAUAUUGCUCAGCAGGUUUGUGGAUUUAUCCUUCCAAGAUUUAAUACUUGGAUGGAUAUUGAUAAUCUCGAUGAGCACAUUCUACUUGCUGUUCAAAAAAUCUGUUGCUCCAACCACGACAAUAAGAUUUUCACAUGUGUUGUAGAUAAUAUUGCAGAAUUAGCUGGAAAAGUUCACAAAAUUCUGUAUCAACCUUUGAUUUUGAAAAAGUUCUUUAAGGAUCAGGAAAUUGAUUUUAAACUUAUCAAUUCAGAUGAUACUAGUUUAGCAUUUGAUAUUUCUUCUUUGGAAGGAGUUAAGAUACAGAAACAAUACUUCUCCACUGAUAUUGUGCUUAAUAUCAUGAGCUACUUAUCUGGAAAAGAAUUGAAUUUCAUGUCAAUGUUAAGCAAGGAGUGGUCAACUCUAUUAUCCAAUAAUCUAGUAUGGAGAUACAUUCACAAGUUAAGAACUAGCCUACCUCAAGAGGUUUCUUCCAGAAUUGGUAAUUGGAAAUUCUUCACCGUAUUGAACAAUGCCAACUUGCUUCAACUUCCACACCAAGCUCAACUCACAAAGAUUGUGAGUGCUUUUAAACCUCAUUUCUCGAAUAAUCCCUGUGUAUUCAACCAAUUUAUAACCAACAUAUUUUCCAAUACCUGUAUAAUAGACCACUCAACCAGUCACGAAUAUUCCUACGAUAAACUAGAUGCCACACUUUUUAUUCACUGGCCAAGUAAGGAGGCGACUAGGUUAUCAUUUUCCAUUUCAUAUGACAAUGAUAAUGAAUUUAGAGGUUGCAGUAAGAGCAAUUAUGUACCACCAGCUCUCCAUUUGUCCCUAAGUGAUGAAAAUUACUCAUUCGGUGGCAUGUCUCUCUUUCAAAGCUCACUCAGUGAUGCAUCUCCUUUCAUUGGAAGAUACUUUGCCACAGAAAUGAAUGGAAAGAUGGCCACCUGCUUUCUCAUUUGUUUAAUAACUCUAUCCUUUGGCGAGGAGUGGCUUAACAAGAUUUACCAAUACUAA